GGGAGAACAUGCAAACUCCACACAGAAAGAUCCCGAGCCUGGAUUCGAACCCAGGACCUUCGUGUUGUGAGGCAGACGCACUAACCCCUCUUCCACCGUGAAGCCCUAUAUAUGUUUGUAUUCUUUUUUUAUUAUUUUGAACUUACAACCCCCUGGCGCUGUUUUGUACUGUUUUCAUAAUGUUUUAUAAUGUUGUAUAUUGUUGUUUGUCUUACUGUUUGUAAUUGUUGACAUUUAUAAAUAAACCUUUAAAGAAAAAAAAAAUCCAACUUCCGUCGCAGUCUUAUGACGUAGCCGUGUGGCCACAUUGAUGACAUAAUACAGUGGAAUUGUGUACAGCGCGGAUAUUAUUGAAGUAAAUAAUAUCGCGCAUUUGCUCUGGAAUUGAGUUUGGCCGUAAAAUGACUUCCUUAUCCCGGUUAACGUGCUAAAUGAUGUUUGCUGGUAAUGGUAUGUUUUAUCAACUCUAGCAUAGUAUAGUAGCUUGGCUGCAUUGCUCAAGAGUGAGGGAAGUGUCAAAAGGGAGGACAUUGACACAUUCCCCUCAAUGCCAAACUUGCUGAGGUAACCACGGCUUCGACAAGCAGGUUUCCUUCGCACGUUGAGGUGUCUGCGGGCUGCUCGCAACAUGUUGAACCUACCGACCCAGUCCUUCCCGGCGCCGAGCUCCCAGCAGCGGGUCUCUCCCUCCGGCCAUUCGGGGAGGACCAAGGUUGCCUUGAAACCAGGCCACAGUCUAAUGGACUGGAUUCGGUUCUCCAAAAGUGGGAAAGAUCUAACUGGGCUGAGAGGACGGCUGAUUGAAGUUACUCAAGAAGAACUACAGAAACACAACACCAGGAACGACUGCUGGACAUGUAUACGAGGUUUGGUGUAUAAUGUCAGCCCUUACAUGGACUACCACCCUGGGGGAGAAGAUGAGUUGAUGAAGGCAGCGGGCAUAGAUGGCACUGACCUUUUUGACCAGGUCCAUCGCUGGGUGAACUAUGAGUCCAUGUUGAAGGAGUGCCUGGUGGGCAGGAUGGCCACUAAGCCCACCACUACUUUUAAAGGCAUUGUCCCACCACCUCCACCAGUCUUCAACCCCACUACACCAGUGACCUCUCUGACAAUCAAAGACUCAAGCCCUCGAUAUGAAUGGUUUCAAACAGAGUCGACGGUCCAUCUUAUUAUUUAUGCCAAAAGAAAGAUACCCAAAUCGGGCUGUACAGUUGUUGACCUCGCUGCUGGUGUACUACGACUGGAAGUGCUGCUUGGAAAAAUGUCCUACAUGAUACAUUUAUGUCUUUUAGAAGAUGUUGAUGCAAACAUUGGUGUUCACACUGCCGCCACCGUGGGAAAGAUCCAGGUGACCAUACACAAGCAGGAAAAAGGAAAAUGGCCAAGCCUUGGUCAGCCACUGGAAUUCCACAAUACAUUUUUAUGCAAAAAAGAAAGAGCUCUUUUCUAUCGGGAUUGUGUGUUGGUGUCUCGGACUGAGGUGAAUCAUAACACACACGUGCUUCAGUUGCAACUUCCUCGUGGGACUGUCAUGCAAGUGCCUGUUGGCAAACACGUCUACCUCAAAUCCCUCAUUCAAGAAACGGAGGUAGUGAGACCAUACACCCCAAUAGACAAGGGGCUUUCCGUUGGACCCGAUCCCUCUGCAGAAAACAAACACCUCUACCUCAUGAUUAAGUUUUAUAGUGAUGGAGCACUCACUCAACAUCUCAACAACCUGCAUGUUGGUGACCAUAUAUCAGUUAGCGGUCCAGAGGGUACCUUCAGUCUCCGCCCCCUUCGUGAUGUCACAGUCCUUUACCUUUUAGCAGCAGGCACAGGCUUCACUCCGAUGGCUCGUCUCAUUCAACUGGCACUGCAGGAGAUGAACACUAUCAGGAAAGCCCAACUGCUGUUUUUUAACCGACGAGAAGAGGACAUCCUGUGGCGAAGAGAAUUGGAUGAACUGGCCGCUAAGGAUGAAAGGUUCCAGGUGGAGCACAUCCUGUCCGAGCCAUGUGACAGCUGGGCAGGCAGGAAGGGCCGUGUGGACGAGGCCGUGAUCAACGAUUGUCUGGACAGACCGGCCGGGUCCAAGUGCUACGUUUGUGUAUGUGGGCCCACCGCCUUUACGGAGCUGACAGUUGGGUUGGUGAAGCAGCAGGGUUUCAUGGAAGAGGAGCUUCACAUCUUCCAGGGUUGAUGUGCACUGCUGCCAACUUGCAGAGACUUGGUGCCUUUAAGUGACAAUCAGAGACGGCUUAAAUGUAGAGCGUAUAUUUAUUUAUGUGUGUGUGAGGAAGAAAGACGGUUUCUAUGCAUCGAUAUGAAACAGCUGACUGACGACAGAGUUGUGUUGGUUGCAUUUGCACAGUCCAGUUAGUAUUUAUCUUACAUAUUUGACAUACAUUCUCCUGCCUCUGCUAAACAUACUUAAAGGCCUACUGAAAUGAGAUUUUCUUAUUUAAACGGGGAUAGCAGGUCCAUUCUUUGUCAUACUUGAUCAUUUCGCGAUAUUGCCAUAUUUUUGCUGAAAAGAUUUAUUAGAAAACUUCGCAACUUUUGGUGGCUAAUAAAAAAGCCUUGCCUGUACCGGAAGUAGCAGACGAUGUGCACGUGAUAGAGAUGCGCGGAUAUGCAAUUAUAUGAUCCGCAACCGCAUCACAAAAGUCGUCAUCCACCCUCCACCCACCCGAACCAACAUUUCAUCAAAGACACACCCACCAGUUGUUAUAUAUCUAAUAUAGACGAUGCAAGGCAUGAGUGAGGUUAGAAAGUGCAACUCCCUCCAAAUAGCACAGACACGAUGGCUUUCUUGAACUGAUUUAUUUGAAGGCUUACUUUCCCUUCAAAUUCACCGCGAAAACUGUAAUAAAUAAAGCAGGUUACAAACGUGAAAAUAAUAACAUGCACAGCAUGUGGAUCAAACAUUUUACCAAGUAAAAUACCAACAAAUGACAAAUACCUCGUUGGCCAUACCCGGAAGUAGCUUCCUUACAUCCGUCGACAGACCAAACGAGACACUUCAAAAUAAAAGCAUGCCCACAUAGUGUUUCAAAGAGUGCUGCUCGUUUUCCGUAUGUGGGUAACAACAUUGAACUAUUUAUAAAUGGUUGAUUUCUAUAGGCUAGUAAGAUAAAGUGUUGUAGCUGACAAGUUUGAUUUCUAUAGACUAGUAAGGUAAAGUGUUGUAGCUGACAAGUUUGAUUUCUAUAGGCUAGUAAGGUAAAGUGUUGUAGCUGACAAGUUUGAUUUCUAUAGACUAGUAAGGUAAAGUGUUGUAGCUGACAAGUUUGAUUUCUAUAGGCUAGUAAGGUAAAGUGUUGUAGCUGACAAGUUUGAUUUCUAUAGACUAGUAAGUAAGGUAAAGUGUUGUAGCUGACAAGUUUGAUUUCUAUAGUCUAGUAAGGUAAAGUGUUAUAGCUGACAAGUUUGAUUUCUAUAGGCUAGUAAGGUAAAGUGUUGUAGCUGACAAGUUUGAUUUCUAUAGGCUAGUAAGGUAAAGUGUUGUAGCUGACAAGUUUGAUUUCUAUAGACUAGUAAGGUAAAGUGUUGUAGCUGACAUGUUUGAUUUCUAUAGUCUAGUAAGGUAAAGUGUUGUAGCUGACAAGUUUGAUUUCUAUAGUCUAGUAAGGUAAAGUGUUAUAGCUGACAAGUUUGAUUUCUAUAGGCUAGUAAGGUAAAGUGUUGUAGCUGACAAGUUUGAUUUCUAUAGGCUAGUAAGAUAAAGUGUUGUAGCUGACAAGUUUGAUUUCUAUAGGCUAGUAAGGUAAAGUGUUGUAGCUGACAAGUUUGAUUUCUAUAGUCUAGUAAGGUAAAGGGUUGUAGCUGACAAGUUUGAUUUCUAUAGACUAGUAAGGUAAGGUGUUGUAGCUGACAAGUUUGAUUUCUAUAGGCUAGUAAGGUAAAGUGUUGUAGCUGACAAGUUUGAUUUAUACAGGCUAGUAAGGUAAAGUGUUGUAGCUGACAAGUUUGAUUUCUAUAGGCUAGUAAGGUAAAGUGUUGUAGCUGACAAGUUUGAUUUCUAUAGGCUAGUAAGGUAAAGUGUUGUAGCUGACAAGUUUGAUUUAUACAGGCUAGUAAGGUAAAGUGUUGUAGCUGACAAGUUUGAUUUCUAUAGGCUAGUAAGGUAAAGUGUUGUAGCUGACAAGUUUGAUUUCUAUAGGCUAGUAAGGUAAAGUGUUGUAGCUGACAAGUUUGAUUUCUAUAGUCUAGUAAGGUAAAGUGUUGUAGCUGACAAGUUUGAUUUAUAUAGGCUAGUAAGGUAAAGUGUUGUAGCUGACAAGUUUGAUUUAUAUAGGCUAGUAAGGUAAAGUGUUGUAGCUGACAAGUUUGAUUUCUAUAGGCUAGUAAGGUAAAGUGUUGUAGCUGACAAGUUUGAUUUCUAUAGGCUAGUAAGGUAAAGUGUUGUAGCUGACAAGUUUGUUUUCUAUAGUCUAGUAAGGUAAAGUGUUGUAGCUGACAAGUUUGAUUUCUAUAGGCUAGUAAAGUGUUGUAGCUGACAAGUUUGAGUUCUAUAGGCUAGUAAGGUAAAGUGUUGUAGCUGACAAGUUUGAUUUCUACAGGCUAGUAAGAUAAAGUGUUGUAGCUGACAAGUUUGAUUUCUAUAGGCUAGUAAAGUGUUGUAGCUGACAAGUUUGAGUUCUAUAGGCUAGUAAGGUAAAGUGUUGUAGCUGACAAGUUUGAUUUCUAUAGGCUAGUAAGAUAAAGUGUUGUAGCUGACAAGUUUGAUUUCUAUAGGCUAGUAAGAUAAAGUGUUGUAGCUGACAAGUUUGGGCUACCUUGCUUCUGCAGGUGUCACGUGAUGUUAGCGUGACGUCGUCUGUGACGUGUUAUAUGGAUUGUACCAUCAAGAGUUGUCAGGUACAACACUUUACCUACUAGCCUGUAUAAAUCAACCAUUUAUAAAUACAGGUCAGUAGGCUAAAUGAACCUCUUCAACGUAACAUUUAACUAUGUAUAAUGUAGCAGCUGGCUACGGGGUGUUAGCCAAUGACUUUGGCUGGGGGGCGGGACUUCCGGGAGAGAUAGGGAAGUGAUGUUAUUGACAGGAAGUGAGAGUUCGAGUUGUCCCGGGAAAAGCGUUACAGACUUUAGAGCUGUUGUGUGGUUGUAUUACAUCUUGUGCGAUAAAGACAAGACAAACGAAGACGUUUUAUUAGCCUACAUUCCUGGGAUUAUUACAAUAUAUAUUUCCGAAUUGGUUCAACCGCCACCCGCCCGAAUCUCUUUAAAUUCUAUUUUUUCAUCAUGUCACCCGCCCGACCCGCGGUUUAUCCGCGGACUCCACGGUUGCGACCGCAAACCGCGCAUCUGUAGCGCGUGACGUCACGGGUUGUAGGGCUCCUCACAUCCUCACAUUGUUUGAAAUCAUGGCCACCAGCAGCAAGAGCGAUUUGGUCCGAGAAAGCGACGAUUUCCCCAUUAAUUUGAGGAAGGAAGAAAGAUUUGCGGAUGAGGAAAGUAAGUGUAAAGCACUAGAGAAAAAAAAAAAAAUUAGACACAUUUACUAGGAUAAUUCUGGAAAAUCCCUUAUCUGCUUUUUGUGUUACUAGUGUUUUAGUGAGAUUAUAAAGUCAUACCUGGGCUGCGGUGACCGCCAGUGUCUCUGACGGAAGCCAUGGAGGAGCCAAGAAAGUCAUAGCUGCAGGAGGAUGCAAGCUCCGCAUGUCUCCGGUAAGAGCCGACUUAUUACCACAAUUUUCUCACCGAAACCUGCCGGUUGACAUGUGGUAGAGAAACAUGUUCGCUUGACCGCUCUGUUCCAUAUUAAAGCUUCACAACAAACAAAGAAACACCGGCUGUGUUUCGGUUGCUAAAGGCAGCUGCAAUCCACCAACAGCAUUCUUCUUUGACGUCUCCAUUAUUAAUUGAACAAAUUGCAAAAGAUUCAGCAACACAGAUUUUCAAAAUACUGUGUAAUUAUGCGAUUAAAGCAGACAACUUUUAGCUAUGAUUGAUGCUGGGAUAAAAUGUCCGCUACAACCAAUAACGUCACAAACACACGUCAUCAUACAAGUCAUCAUUCCGCGAUGUUUUCAACAGAAUACCUCGCACGAAAUUUAAAAUCGCAAUUUAGUAAACUAAACCGGCCGUAUUGGAAUGUGUUGCAAUGUUAAUAUUUCAUCAUUGAUAUAUAAACUAUCAGUCAGUAGUAGUGGCUUUCAGUAGGCCUUUGAUUCCACAUCUUAUUAAUCACAAUUGAGUGAAAAGUACAUGUAGUUGUGACAAUGUUGUUGUUGAUACAACAAUGUCAAAAGAGCCUAGGAAAGUUCUCUUUUAAGCAACAAUGCUGCCUCUUUUUAUAGUCAAUGCUACAGAUACAGGACAUGCUUGAUCAUCCAUGAUGUAUAUGUGGUUAUCUCAAGCAUAUCAUGUUGCUGUUUUGAAGCAACACAGGCAUUAUGCUGUUAUUACUAGGAACAAUUUAUAUUAUAAGAGGAAAUUAUUGUGCAGAAACAACAAUAUGAAAAAAAAAGUAUUACAAUAUGUUAACAGGUCAAAUUAUUCCCCUCAACUUCAGCUGGUGUUAAUAUUUUCUGGUGGACUGACUGAAAAAAACUUUACAUCAAGAAUUCAAGGGGAGAUUACUUACUUUUGAGGAACUGUAUGUAUUCUAAAUUAUUGUAUUUAAAAGAAAAGGAUGGAAAAACUUGGACUUCGAUUUGGAUUGUAAUUAAUUAAUAAGUUAAAAGUUGAACUUUAAGGACCAAUGAGAGUCCACACACACACUUUGUGUGGUGAAAUGAUCCUCUGCAUUCCACCCAUCCCUCUUAAACACCACCUGGUAGGUGAGGGGAGCAGUGAGCAGCAGCGAUAACCAUGCCCGGGAAUUUAAGAGAGAUACUAUUCUGGUUCCUGAAUACUAUAAGAACAUGUAACUGAUUUAAUAAUAUAUGUUGAGUGGAAAGGUACACUAUUAGAAUAUGUAAAUACUAUACAAUACAAUAAAGUACUGUAUUACAACUAUAAUUACUGAUCAAGUAUGCAAUCAGGACACUUUUAUUGCAGUCCAUUUAAUAUAAAUGUAACUACAGCUGCCCGUCAUGUGACUCUUUUGUUUUUUUAUUGUUAAAAAGUGUGUAAUGUUAAAUUUUAUAGUAAAGUCUUUUUACACAA